AUGGAGCAGGACACACCCAUGUUGAAGCCGGGAUGGAUGCAGCAUGACAAGGCAGCAGGCGCUGCCAACAUCUGGGCUACAGCUUCCUCCCACUCAGAUUAUCAAGCUGCAGGUGGUUCAUUGAGAAACCAUUCAUCUGGACAUUACCAUGACCAUGGUUCCCAGCAAUCAUCAUCAGGGAGAAGUUCAGGCUCGAAUGGAUCUCACCGGCCUGACCGGGAUGGAAUGGGGAAGUCAACGGACUAUUUCAAUUUCAGAAAGUUCAAGGACAGGGAUCGGCAGAGGGACUUUGAUUCCUGUGAUUGGGAGAGUAGGUCGGCUGCUGCAGUUCGUGAUGAUUUCAAGUCCUUUAGCACAUGCAAAUCUGAAAGGGAUAGGAUGAAUCGUACCCGCUCGAAGGCAGACACAUGGAACAAAGGCAGUGGUAGCACCUCUAGAAAUAAUGCAGUUAGUUCCUCUAGAAGCAAUGACAAAAGCAGUACUGUUGCUAGUCCUGGAACUGUUAACUCUGUUAGAAAUGCAGCUUUGGGGACCUCCAUAAGCAAUGCUUCUGUCCGAACCUCAGUAAGCAAUACUUCUAUUAGUAAUGCUGUAAGCAAUGCCAACAAUGCUGCUAGCAUAACCUUUGAACGGGAAUUUCCGCAGCUUAGUUCAGAGGACAAAAAUGGAAGGCAAAGCAUAAGCAAAGUCCCAUCUCCUGGUAUCAGCACCGCAAUUCAGAAUGUACCUAUGAUAUCUCCUGAUGGCUGGAGCUCCAUGCUAGCAGAUCUUCCUUUAUUAAGUGAUCCGAAGAAAAGUCUAGCCACUUCUUCUCUAUUGCACAUUGCUCCUAGUAAACAGGCUGAAGUGGUGCCAAACAGUGGGACUGCAUUAAACAUGGCAGAGACAGUGAUGCAAGCUCCUCUGAGAAUUUCCAUUAGGCCUCAGUUAUCAACUGAGGCUCAGAAGAUUGAAGAAAGAACCUUGAAGCAGCUUACUCUAAGGCCUAUUACACCUCCAGCAAGCAAAUCUUCGGCUCUUAGUUCUUUGAAAAUAAAAGGUACAAGGCUUGGAGAUCCUACUGGUCCUAGUAAGACCUCACAACUAUUAAAAGUACAGUCAGCCAACGGUUCUACUAGAGCUCCAGUUAAAGCAGAUGUUUCAAAGCUCUCUCAGCCAGGAAGCUUCCAAGUUCUCAGUCGAGAGCAAAACGGUACUGCACACACCACCAAAGACUGCCCGGUGAAACCUGUGAGUCCUCCAACUCCUUUGGUUUCAAUGGAAACACAGAAAAAACCAGUGGUGAGCCAAAAGUUGAAGUUUGGCACCAAUGAGCGCCCUCUGCCCCUGCAAGGUCCAUCUCGUGAUAGAAAGUCAAAUGCAAGAGACAAGGUUAGAUUCUUUGAGAUGCUACGGACCAAGGCUUCAAAUGGUUCAAGCACAGUUGAUGUGAAGCAGGAUUCUUCUCUUAAUCUUGGAAAUGAUUUCUCCUCGUUCCAUUCUGAGAUGAAAUGCACGGAGCACGGGAAGUGUUUCUGUGAAGAAGCAAAUUCUUCCGACGGGUCUCAGAGGCACCUAUCUGAUACCGAGGAGCACAUUCCACCCUUGAAAAGUGUUGUGGGCGGGAUGCCUCAGCAGCCUCUAGUUGAAAGCAGAGAAGCUGACUCGUCAUCUGAACCUGUUGACACAGGUGAUGAAGGAUUUCAGUCAUCCCUAUCGGGCAGCACAGAAGGCAGUUUGUCCUCAACACCUGCAGAUUCGGAUGAUGGGUGGAAUAGAUCCCAAUCUGGCAAUGAGGAAGCAAGUUCAUUAUCAGAGGAUACUGAACCAGAUGAUGAGUACCAUCCAGCUGACAUUUCUUCAGAAGAUAAGCGUUUCAUGAUGUUGCUUGGUUGGAAAGAAGAUGAAAUAGUGCAAGUGGCACCUUUGGAUUUCGACGAGAUUGCAGACACUGUAAAAGGCUGUGAGGAACUCAAGAAGAAGCUUCAGUCUAUGGAGUCCAAUGAAGAUAUCAAGAGCAUUCUCCUCCAUAUUGAGCUGAGCGAGAAGCUGCAGCAGCACAAGAGUACAGGGGCCUAA